UACAAAAAACCGCCAUUGUAGCUGCCUACACGUUGGAAUUUCGCCGCAGCACCCAAAACAAGAUGGCGGACGAACAACGUUUGAAAGACGAAAUCGCUCAUCUACAGGAUCAGCUGCGAGUAGCCCGAGCAGCCGCUGCAAACAACCCGCCCGUCGUGAACAGCGGUACCGAUGUCAACAACGCUGCCGGCGGUACUGUAAACAAAGUUGCAAUAAAAAUCGGGCCAUUCUGGAAGCGUGACCCAACUCUUUGGUUUGCUCAGCUAGAGGCGCAAUUCACGCUGAAUCAAGUAACUCGCGAGGACACCCGCUAUUUCCACGUCCUCGCUGCCAUCGAUUCGGAGAUAUUGGCAUGCUGCUCGGACAUCAUCCGAGAUCCACCGGCGAAUGGAAAGUACUCAGCGUUAAAGGACAGAAUUAUCAGCGAGUACAGCACCAGCGAGCAGAAUCGUAUGCAGCAGCUACUACGUGGGUGCGAACUCGGCGAUCGCAAACCUUCGCAACUACUACUCGAAAUGAGGAAUCUCGAGAAAAUCAUUAAGUCGUUGUGGAUGCAGCAGCUCCCUGAAACGACACAAGCUGUUCUAAAGGUCUCGGAAGCCACUCUCCAAUUGGCGCAGCUAGCUGAACAAGCGGAUAAACUUGCGGACAUCACCAGAACGCGAUCAAUAUCCUCCGCUGGAACGACGUGGGAGGACAACAAGGACACCGGAUUCGAGGAAGUACGCAAACAAAUUUCUGUUCUUUACGACGAAAUUGCCGCUUUUCGUCAAGAGCGCGGCAGACCCCGCAGCAGGAGUUUCAGCAGAUUUCCUGGUGGUACCCGAAGUGGCUCACGAGGAAAUCAUCCGUAUUGUUUCUACCACAGAAAAUUUGGCGCCAACGCAAGAAGCUGCCGAUCACCCUGCCAAUUUAAGCCAAAAAAAAACUAGAGCAGCUGCAUUCGACGACGGGCGAAGGCAGUAAGUUUCAACAAUCCCGUCUUAUCAUCCAGGACCCAGUAACCAACUAUAAAUUUCUCGUCGAUACCGGUGCUGACCUUUCAGUACUGCCGUGUGCUCCAAGCAAUAAGUCAAGGCCGACCCCAGGAAUGAACCUAUAUGCCGCCAACGGCUCCCGAAUUGCUACCUACGGCACCGAGAUAUACAAACCAACUUUCGGUCUACGCAGAUGUUUUCCGUGGCGUUUCAUAAUAGCGGAUGUGACUUCCCCGAUCCUGGGUGCAGAUUUCCUGAAACAUUACGGUUUGCUGGUUGAUUUGCAAGGAAAGUGCUUGAUCGAUAAAAUGACCAAUAUCAAAGCACAUGGCCAAAUCAGCGUGGUCGCAGAAGGAUUAUUCGGCUUGAAAACAUAUUCUCGCAACAGUGAUUACGGUGGCCUGCUGAGCGAAUUCUCGGAUGUUACUAGACCACGUUUUCCUCGACAGGAAGUAAAGCAUGGCGUAAAGCACACUAUCAAGGUCGAUGGGCUCCCGUGCCAUUCUAAAUUCCGCAGACUUCCACCACACAAACUCGAAGCACUUCGGAAGGAAUUGAAGCUGUUUCUAGAGCUUGGAUACAUCCGAUCCUCGAAAAGCUCGUAUUCAAGCCCGGUGCACCUAGCUACAAAAACACUGCAGAACGGUGAUGUCAAAUUCAGGCUCGUAGGUGAUUACAAUUGACUCAACGAUUCUACCGUCGCGGAUCGGUAUCCCUUGCCGCACAUUUACGACAUUUGUCAAACAAAUGCAAGACGACUUGCUCAUCGCUUCGUCAUCCGAGGAGGAGCAUAAAGUUCACCUACGCAUG